AUGGGCAGCAAAUUCCCAGAAGUAUGGGCAGACGACGAGCAGAUGUCUGGGCUUAUGUCCAUGAUAAAGGCACGAGAUGUGAAUCCAAAUGAUUAUGAUCGAAAAAUCGAAUUUUGGUCCGAUAUGAUUGCAAAAUCAUGUGAUAGUGAGAGAAAUGCAAUUUUUACUAUCGAUAUAUUGAAACGGCGCUUUCGUCGAGGUGACCAGCUACCGGGUUCGCUUAAUGUUAUUAUUCAACAUAUGCUUGAUACAGGUGAAAUUACCACUUUGGAUGAUUACAAAACCCGAAAUCAGAAUUGGCUUCAGCGAGGAUACAAAUCAUUCAUGGGAAGUUUGUGGGGUGCUACCAAUGAUAAUCAGACAGAAUAUGUUCAUCUUCCAACUGUUAAAAAACAUGCUGACAAUAUGUUGGAAUUUUUCCGAAGUGAAUAUGCUGUUGAUGAUGAUAUGCUACCGGAAAUCGUUGAUUCGGCAGAAUUUUUUGAAGAAUGUAAACAUUUAGUUGCUAACAAGAAAACUUAUGAUGUUACACUAGCAGAACUUGUUAAUCGAGGCGAAGUAACAAUAGGUUCAUCUAAAAUAGGUGAGGAGAUUUUGAAAUUUCGUGACAAUGCUGCUCAUGGUCCUAUCAAGUGGACAGAAUCUGAUGCUAGUGUUCAUGAUAUGAGGCGAGCAAUGAGCAAACUAGAACAUGAAAUUAAACGUUUGGAAAUAAAAGCAAAGAAAGCUGAACAAGAUGCUCGUCUAUACAUACGUCAAGGUGAUAAGAAUCAUGCUGCGCAAUAUUUACGUCAAAAGAAGCGAGCUCUAAAAGAAAUUGAAUCAAAAGACAAUCAAUAUCAAAGGCUUUUGGAAAUGAUGCAACAAUUAGGACGAACAAAGCAAAAUAAACAAAUUUUGGAUGUAUACAAAGCUGGUGCUAAUGCUUUUAAAGCUACUUUGCAAAGGCAAGGUAUUUCUCCAGAAAAGAUUGAUGAAACUAUGGAUGAUAUUGAUGAUGCUAUGGCAGCUGCUGAGGAAAUUCAAGAUGCUAUUGCUGCUGGUGUGCCAACAUUAGCUGCCAGUGAAAUUAAUAAAGAUCUUGAAGCUGAAUUAAAUGCUAUACUUGCUAGUGACAAUAGUGAGAUAGAUUCAAUGAUUAAGGAUUUGCCAGAUAUGCCAUCAGAAGAACUCUCUACAGCUGGUCCUGCUAAAACUAGUAAUGAAGAUGAUUCAAUUGUAGCACGUCUAAAAAGGUUACGUGAACCUGUUUAA